UACAUUUGGUUGGCGCUUAAUUGGCCCAAGAAACACGGCAACAACGGCGGCCAGAAUUUUCUCUCGUUUGGAUAGUGUCGAGGAGGUGCAACGCAGUCGCAGUGGCAGCGCUGUUGGAAUAGCGCCGGCCGGCGGUUCAGGUGCAAGUGCAGCAGGUGGAGCAGGUGGAGCAGUGGCAGCGGUGGCAGCAGCAGGUUCACCGGCCAGGGCUGUCCAGCAGCAGCAGUACGGAGGCGGCGGUGUGGGCGUGGCUGCUGGAGUCGGUGUGGGUGUCGGUGUCGGUGUGGGCGGACGUCAUCGCAGCGGCAGCACAGUGUUAGACCUGAGUCAUAGUAGAAGCAACAGCAGCAGCAUCGGCAUCGGCAUUGGAUCACCAGACAUAUCUGGCCUAACACGAAAGUUCUCUGCCAUCGGCACUGGAUUUGGUAUUGUGAAUGGCAUCGGCGAAAACCCAUCAUCCUCAUCACCAUUGGCACAAUCAUCUGCAGUGAAAUGCGACACAUAUAAUUUGGCAAAACUUGGAGGUGGUGUGGGCCCACAAUCAUCAGCAGCAGCAGCAACUGGAGCCAUACCAAAGGGUAGCACUGGACAAUUGGCUGGGGAGGCUGGUACUGGAGUCAGAUGUAUCAUAAGGUCACGUCCAUCCAUUAGUGGAGCCGCAUCAACAUCAUUAUCAUCGUCAUCGAGCCCAUCAUCAACGGCAGCAAUUGCAGCGGCGGCUGUCGGGGAUCCAUCAUCAGUCAUAACUGGAGGCUCAAGUGGCUCGGCCCCGACCAUUGGCAGUACACCGAUUGCUGUCCCCAAUCCCCAACCCGGUCCCAAGCGUCAGGGCAGCUUUUCGAAUGUAUUCUCGAAGCUAAUUGAUGGUAUGCCUGCUGGCACAAUGUUUGCCAAAUUUAAGAGCACCAAUGUGGCCGCAUCCACAUCGAUGCAAAAUGUUGCCGAAGGCAAUCCCAUUACGCAAUACUUUGAUAUUGGCAAACCGGUGGCAUGUGCGGGUCCCGAGCUCGUCUGGCGCAUACAUGAUGCGUAUCGCAAGAGUGAUAAUAAGGAAUGUUCCGUGUUUAUAUUUGAAAAGAAAAUUGCCGAAAAAUUGCAUAAGCCGCGCCGCAAGGAGACCAUCACAGAGCUUCUCAAGAGCUCGGUGAAAACAUUGGAACGUUUCCGACAUCCAAGGAUAUUACAAAUCUAUCAUACCGUCGAGGAAAGUGCUGAUACUCUGGCCUUUGCUGCAGAACCUAUUUUUGCCAGUCUAUCGAAUGUGCUGGCCUUUCAUGAGUCGAAAACCUAUGAGAAUGCCAAUGUGGCACCAGCCGCUGGCGGCGGAACACCUCAGGCACAACCGAUAGCAAACGCUCAACCCCAACGGCCAGCUCAUGCAAAGGAAUACAAUUUCUUGGAUAUGGAGCUAAAAUAUGGAUUUCUACAGCUAACAGAGGCUUUAGCCUAUCUACACUAUUCCGGUCACGUAAUUCAUCGAAAUGUGUGUCCAUCUUCUAUACUAAUAACCAAGCGAGGUAUAUGGAAACUGGCUGGCAUGGAGUAUGUGGAAAGAAUGAAUGAGACUGAUUUGAAUAGCUCAAUUCCGUGUCCACCAUGGAGCAAUCGUGUGUCAAAAAUGGCCCAACCCAAUUUGGAUUUUAUGGCCCCCGAAGUUCAAUCGACGUCAAAAUGCAGCCUGCUUAGUGAUAUGUUCUCAUUGGGCAUGGUCAUCUGUGCUGUUUUUAACAAUGGUCGGCCCCUAAUACAAGCUAGCAAUUCAACUUCGAACUAUGCUAAGCAAUUGGAAACGCUGGAUGAACAUGUGCAUAAACUGAUGCCCCGUCUACCCAUUGCCCUGCAGGAGGCUACCUCACGGAUGGCCAGUCGAGAUGCAACAGCUCGACCCACAGCGCAAUUGCUGCAGUUGAUCAAGUACUUCAUUGAUCCGGCCAUCAGUGCAUUGAAAUUCCUGGACGUGGUCAACAUGAAGGACACGCAACAGAAGUCCCAGUUCUACAAGACCACCUUGAUAGAGGCCAUGCCAUUGAUACCACGGAAACUCUGGUGGCAAAACAUUUGGCCCAUGCUCAAGUCAGAGAUCAACAAUAACGAGGUCCUGGCCGCAGUACUGCAGCCCGUCAUGCUUUUUGUGCAGGAGGCAACCCACACUGAAUACGAUGCCCUGAUGUCGGCCACCAUGAAAGUCGUAUACAAUACACCAAAAUCAAUUCAAGCCAGCGUUACGAUACUUGAGAAUUUACAUUUGAUUAUUGAGAAAACGAAACCGGAGGAUGUUACCACCGAUAUAAUGCCUAUGCUUUUCUUCUCAUUCGAUGGCUCCACGAUACAAGUCCAGAGUGCGGCCGUGGUGGCUGUGGCCAAUGUGUUUGAUAGCAUCGAUGAGCUAUCGAUUCGUCGAAUGGUCUUGCCUAAGGUUAAAUUGGUUUUCGAGAAAAAUAUAACCGAUCCAAAGAUUGUCCAGAAUGUGCUCAUGUGCAUUGAACGAGUCAUGGACCGUAUGGAGCGAGCGCAGGUCAUGGAUGAGGUGUUGCCAUUGUUGGCAAAUGUUCGUAUACCCGAUCCGGAUAUUAUUAUGCGUACAGUGCGCAUCUACCAUAAGCUGUUUGUGGACAAAUCGUACGGCCUGAGUGUAGAGACCAUGGCUACCAAUGUGUUGCCUCUGCUUAUACCACAUACUGUCAAUCCGGCUCUCAAUUUUGAUCAAUAUUGCUAUCUGCUUGAGGUGCUGCAGCAAAUGUUGGAGGCCAUCGAUCGGCAGCAACGCAACAAAUUGAAAUUGGACAACCUAUCGAUGGCCUCACCAGAACGACAUCGCACACUGCGCCAUCAAUUCUCGACGGACAACAUGAAUGCCCCGCCAUUCAAUAUACCCAAUUUGCGUAUAGAUCAACGCAAGACAUCCAGUGCCGAGGACAUGGCCCGCAAAAAUUCUGGUGGCUCUGGCAUGUUGGGAGGCUGGUGGUUCGGUUGCUCUCCCUCAUCGCCGGAUAGCAAUUUUCUGCGCGUUGGCAAUGUGUUUCCCAAUCGACGACUCUCGGACAAUACGCUGAUGACACCAAAAAUACGAAUAGCCCCAUCGUGCGCCUCAUCGCCGGGCGGUACACCGGGCAGUGGUCUGCCAACUCGUCGACAUUCGAGCAUUGGUCCACAGGAGCGCCGCGGCUCCACCAUCAAUUUGUCACCACCAACUUACGGCGCCCGCGGUAGCUCUGGAUCGAGUCUAUCGGUGCCAUCCACUUCGGUUUAUGUUAAAUCUCCUUUAUUAUACUCCCAAAAACAGGGUGGCUCCAUGCCGAACACAUCGAGCAGUGUACCAUUUUUGCUAUCAUCGAGCAUGCAAUCGAUACGAUCACGACGCACCUCAACUGUAUUGUCAUCUGGCCCACUUGGCUCCGGUUCGGGUAUAUUACAGCAGCUGGGAUCCGGCAUGUAUCAACUAUUCUCCGGACGAAACUAAAAAGAUAUUCGAACAAAAAUACUAAAACGAAAUGCAAUACCAAGAA